AUGUAUAUCAUAUGGAAUUUCCUUGUCCUAACACUACUAUUUCACCUUCUUCGAAUACCAUUUCCAUUCAUUAAUACAUUCGAUGUGAUUGUUUUGAUGUAUGGAGUACGUCUACUCUAUUCUCUUGCUCGCUCGACACUAGCCAGAUCACUUCACGACAAACCAUGCAAAGGGCUUAAAAUAUACUUUUCUCGAACAUAUCAUUCUCGAUUUACUCCAGUGCAGCAUGCCUUUAAUUAUUCGCAUGUAGUAUUUGGAGUUGAUUUGGAUGAAUUGGAACGGAGGCGAGGAUGGAGAAAAUGGUUAUUCGGCUACAACAUCAGAUUCUCUCUGUUCAGCAUCCAUGAUAAAGACUACCUCGGAGACUUUUCUCAAUCAGCAGACUUGCCUCCGCUAAAAUCUAUCAAACAAAAGCUAUUGUGGCACUUAUCAAACCACAAUAUUCCAACCUCUCUCAUAGUACGCGUCGAACUGGUCACUAUGCCAAGACUAUUGAACUACGCAUUCAACCCUGUUAACUUUCAUUAUUGCUACGACAAAGAUGACAUCCUACAAGUCAUUGUACUGGAGGUUAAUAAUACCUUUGGGGAGAAGUACUUGUAUGUUCUCGGACGAGAAAAUAAUAAACGGACUGUGAGAAAAGGAUACGACAUGUGUUUCACAAUAAAACGCGCAUUCCACGUCUCACCGUUCAAUGACCGCAAAGGUUAUUACACUGCCUACUGUAAAGAUCCUUCUGAUGGCGUGCUCUCAUUGUGUCUAGUAAUGUAUGAAUCCAAAUCGCCUUCUUUGACUCCUUCCACGAGUGUCUCCACUACCGCUGAUCUCGGCCCAUACUCCAAGAAAUUUGUGGCAACUAUUUCGGGUACCGCGUCUAGUCUGUCUCUCCAGUCUAUGGCAUACAUGCUAUUAUGUUAUCCAGUAGAUAUCUUCUUGACCAUGCCGAGGAUAAUGAAAGAAGCAUAUAAACUGCAUUAUCGAAAAAAUAUGAAAGUAUUUCAUAGGCCUAAGCCUAUGGAAGGAACUGUUGUUACAUUAAAACCUAAUUUUAUUGAAAGAUAUGCUCAAGAAGUUGUUGUAAAAUAUCUCACAUUCUUGGUGACACUUUGUAAAGAACCAACAACCCUCAUUCUUCGCCUUCCUUCACCACAUUUACCUCCAAUACAGAUUACAUCACUCGAGCAAUCUGUUAGAACUGUCAACUAUUCUUCUUUCACGGAACCGAUAAACCAAAGUGACGACUCAGAUUCAGACGCCUCAUAUUCAUUUUCGUCUCGUUCCCCAUCCCCCCUACCUCCUCAACAGUCAUUAUUUUUAGAAAAGAGAACUAUUAACAUCAAGUUACAUGACUAUACAUUUUUUACUAACAUUCUCUUUGAUCAGUCUUUACAUCGUGCUUUGAUGUAUGGUUACUUUGACAAAGCGUGGGACUGUGAUGAGAUUGAUUUAUUUCUCAGGUUUCUAUUUGUUAGCUCGAAUGAUAACCAUGAUGUAUUCAAAUAUCCUGAUAGUCCAAUCAACAAUGAAAUUAAAUAUCAAUUGACAGAAUUUGAAGAGAAUGCUGCGAAUAUAAGGAGGCGAUACAUGAGUGAUGUAUUAGACGGUGAGCAUAGAAGCGGGCAGUCUAUGAAGAAAGAGUUGGAUACUAUGAUACAGUGCCUGUGGCCAGAAGAUGGGGAAGAGAUGGAACAUACGGCUACUAUUGCGCAAGGUGGAAUAUGUUACCAAACAAGGAUAGAUGGGAUAACUCACAUACAGGACGACAUCCAUUUUACUCUUUGCGAUCUCUUACAUCAUUCCUCGUCACCUCCUCCCUCCCCCACAUUAGAGUUGAAUCCCGCUUUUACUCCAUCCUCAUCUUUAAGACCGCUUUUCACGUUCACCGAAAUUUACGUCUUUCCCUAUCCUUCUCUGUCACUCCAUUACUUAUCCGAUUCAUCUCACGAACGCACUUUAAAUUUGAUGUCACCAUACCUUACGUCCUCUUCGUAUCCGAUUACUUCUCCCUUCGUGCCCUAUUUGACAUCUUGCGUACACCUGCUACCAUUCCCACCACGAUACUUACCAUCUGAAUGGAAGGAUCCCGUACCUCAUGUGAUAGAUGGGAUGCUCGCGUCCGCACCUUUAAUACAACGCAAAUGGCACACAUGGAUAUUAGGAUUAGGGGGGAUUUUAUAUAAAAUGGAUGAAUGGCUGUGGCAGAAGUUUACCAACUUUGUUGGAGGCGCUGACGGAAAUCCCUACAGAGGCGAGGAAUAUAUGUGGGAAGCGCUAAUGGAUAUAAUUAAAAGGAGUGGAGGCAUAGAGAAUUGGGAGGUAAUCUACGAAAAGCAAGAAAAUGGGGAGUUUGCGCUAGUACCGCCAAAGCAACUUGCAAUUUCUUCAAUGACAAUGUCUAAACCAUUUAAAAAGACUAUUGAUGAAGAGCGCCAGCUCAGGUUAUGGAAAUACAUGAAAGCGUUUCGCGAAGUUGUUCUGACAAACCGCGAGUUGGAGAGCAAUGGAUAG